GCCAAGUUGUGCCUCUCAGGCCACCCAACAAUGGCUUCCCUUUGUCUCAACUCAUUGCCUCUGCCUCCAUCUUCUCAGCCUCGCAAGCUAUUAGAGACUCCUUCUCCUUCUUCACUGAACAGUUAUGGCAAAGCAGAGGCCUCCAAGCCCAUAGUCGUCAGUGGAAACCCACCCACUUUUGUCUCUGCUCCCGGUCGCCGGAUUGUCGCCGUUGGGGAUCUACAUGGAGACCUUUAUCAAACAAGAUGUGCACUUGAGAUGGCUGGUGUGUUGAGUUCAGAUGGUGAAGACUUGUGGACAGGUGGAGAAACGGUAUUAGUUCAGCUUGGAGAUAUACUUGAUCGAGGUGAGGAUGAAAUUGCCAUUUUGUCAUUGCUGCGAUCCUUGGAUAUCCAGGCAAAGGCUGAAGGUGGAGCAGUUUUUCAGGUUAAUGGAAAUCAUGAAAGCAUGAACGUGGAGGGGGACUUUCGAUUUGUAGACGAUGGUGGAUUUGAUGAGUGUCUUGAUUUCUUGGAAUACUUUGAUGACUGUAGAGAUGACUGGGAAGAAGCUUUUGUUGACUGGAUUGGUGUCUCUCAAAAGUUAAAAGUAGAUAGGAAAAUGCCGCAAAAUUAUUGGGAUCCAUGGAAUCUAGUGAGGAGGCAAAAGGGUGUGAUUGCCAGAUCAAUCCUUCUAAGACCAGGCGGUCCAUUGGCGUGUGAAUUAGCACGACAUCCUGUUGUUCUGAAGGUCAAUGACUGGCUCUUCUGUCAUGGUGGUCUUGUUCCUCACCAUGUUGCAUAUGGAGUUGAGAGGAUGAAUAGGGAAGUAUCUCAAUGGAUGAGAGGCCUCAGUGAGAGUGAGGAUGAUCCUGACAUCCCUUUCAUAGCCACAAGGGGAUAUGACAGUGUAGUUUGGAAUCGUUUGUACUCGAGAGAUAACUCAGAGUUCGAUGACUACCAGAGUAACCAGAUACACUCUAUUCUUGAAAGGACACUACAUGCAGCUGGUGCCAAGGCAAUGGUAGUCGGUCAUACUCCUCAAACUGCAGGAGUAAACUGUAAAUACAAUUGUAGCAUAUGGCGGAUUGAUGUUGGGAUGUCACGUGGAGUUCUUAAUUCAAGACCAGAGGUUCUAGAAAUAAGAGGUGAUAAAGCAAGAGUUAUCAGACGUAAGAGGGAUAGCUUCAGUGAACUCAAUGUUGUGGAUUAUCUAUAGAGACAAGCAUACAUGUUGCUUCCA